GCGACUGGCUGCGCAUCCCGACGACGAGACUUGACGACGCAUCUCUGUGCAUACAGUUCCUACCAGGCUGACCCCUCCACCAAAGCCUGCUGCGUCGGCCGCGGCAUCACACCGUCAUUUUGCGACCGACCAACCUGCUCGGGAAUCACCUUUAUCGACGAUUUCGAAAUUCCAUCAUCUUUAGCACCUGUUCCCCAGACUCAGUACUUCCCGUCUUCUCGACAUCAUCCAUCAUGUGGGGCUGGUUUGGAGGCGGCGCUGCCGCUCAGAAGAAGAAGGAUUCGGCCAAGAAUGCCAUUCUCGGCUUGCGCGCGCAGCUUGAUAUGCUGCAAAAGCGCGAGAAGCACAUCAUGAACCAGAUUGAAGAGCAGGAUCAGAUCGCCAGGAAGAACGUCAACACGAACAAGACAGUGGCCAAGGCUGCCUUGCGACGCAAGAAGACACAAGAGGGGACGUUGGACAAGACGAUCGCGCAGAUUGCGACGCUGGAGGCGCAGAUUAACUCGAUCGAAUCGGCCAACAUCAACCGCGAGACCCUGGCAGUCAUGGAGAAGUCUUCAGAUGCCAUCAAGGCCAUUCACCAAGGUCUGACGCCGGAGAAAGUGGAUGAGAUUAUGGAUAAAAUCAAUGAACAGAAUGCGCUUAGCGAUGAGAUUGUCAAUGCGAUUACGGCAAACCCGAUCGGCGAGCAGUUUGACGACGCCGAGCUGGAGGAUGAGCUGGAACAAAUGCAGCAAGAGAAUCUCGACGAGCAAAUGCUGAACACGGGCCAGGUGCCCUUCGCAGAUGCAGUUCACAAGAUGCCCACACCAUCACAUGCAGAACCUAUAUCUAGCAAGAAGGUCGCCGUGGAGGAUGACGAGGAGGCUGAGCUUUUGAAGCUUCAGGCUGAAAUGGCAAUGUGAGCUGCCUGCUGUUGAAUUACGAGUCAUCACAGUAUAUGGGCAUUUCGCGGACCGGCGUAAUUGGUGAUGUAGUGAUUCUGUGAAUACGGCCACUUUGCUUCAUUUUACCUUGUUGAAGGAGCAUAUUUGCUGUGUAAUUCUUACGCAGACUGACUUACUGGCUUCUUCUGUUUUUUUUCCCCUCCCUCCUUUUUUAACACAAGAGGUGUUGUUUCCCUGGCGUUGGCGUCUUUGAGGGCAUGGUUAAUGUUUCUUCUGGUGUGUGAUGGGCAACGGAUUCUAUCCUGGAGGACAAGAGCAGCGAAGUACUCCCGUUUGAGGCUGAGCAAGCCUCAUCACGGGAAUGACAGUUUGGCGCUCUCUUGUGACGAAGGGAAGAACGGGGCUCUAGGUAGCCGAGGGUUUAUUGAGCUGAUUUGGUAGAGAAUUAGAUGCCAACCAAAGAUCGAAUCUAAAGAGAAUACUUUUCUGUUUUUAUUUAUUAAUUUUGUGCUACAGAUUUUAGUCUACUGCUGAUGGUUGAGCAGUAUUAUCUUUGCUGUCGAUAUUUACCUGAUGUCUUUUUUCAAAUAGUCUUGAGUAGGCGGUAAAGA